UUUAAAAUGAUGGGUCUAUCUCUCUCUCAAAAUCAGUGGUGUAUCUUCUAGCUACCAAAAAAAUAAAUAUGGGUAUGCAAGGCAAGGGUAGGUAGAGUCACCCCACCAAUUAUUGUAUCAAAAGAAAAGAAUUAAACACAAAUACAGAGAAGAGAGGAGUGAUGGCAGUGGGAAUUGCCAUUGCCAAUGAAGGAAGCCAAAGCCAAUACAAUGGACGAAUCACAUCCUAUUUGGUCUUCUCUUGUCUUGUGGCUGCCAUGGGAGCUUUCAUUUUUGGCUAUGAUAUUGGAGUUUCAGGUGGUGUGACAUCUAUGGAGCCUUUUUUGGAGAAAUUCUUCCCAAAAAUAUACAAGAGGAUGAAAGAAGAUAGUAACAUUAGCAACUACUGCAAAUUCGACAGCCAAGUAGUUACAUUAUUCACAUCCUCACUCUAUUUAGCUGGCCUCUUCACUUCCUUCUUUGCCUCUUUUGUUACGGACACCUUCGGCCGCAAACCCUCCCUGCUUGCCGGCGGUGUCUCCUUUCUUGUUGGAGCUGCCCUUAACGCCGCUGCCUUUAACAUGUUCAUGUUGAUUAUCGGUAGGCUCUUACUCGGAAUCGGCGUUGGUUUCACCAACCAGGCCGUCCCGUUGUACCUGUCAGAAAUGUCGCUACCGAAAUACAGAGGAGCAAUCAGCAACGGGUUCCAGCUCGCUAUCGGCAUCGGUUUCUUCUUAGCAAAUCUCGUAAACUACAGAACGGAAAAGCUCAAAGGAGGUUGGGGAUGGCGGGUAUCACUAGGCAUAGUUGCAAUCCCAGCAUCCAUCCUAACACUAGGCGCGCUCUUCCUCCCCGACACCCCAAGCAGCUUCAUCAUGCGCAGCGACGGCGACCAGCACAAGGCUCGAUCAAUUCUCCAACGAAUCCGAGGCACAUCCGAUGUCCAAACCGAGCUAGACGACCUGACCGCAGCUCGAGACAUUGCCAAAUCAACGGAAAGCCCUUUCCAAAACAUCGUAAAAAGAAGGUAUCGGCCUCAGCUAGUGAUGGCUGUGGCAAUGCCAUUCUUUCAAAUACUCACAGGGAUCAACGUCAUCGGAUUCUACUCUCCCAUACUAUUCCGGACGCUCGGGCUGGGGGAGAGCGCGUCUCUUCUGUCCACCCUAAUGACAGGCAUCGUGGGAUCGACGACAACUCUGAUAGCAAUUGUGGUAGUGGAUAGAGUGGGUAGGAGAAUCCUUUUUAUGGUAGGGGGUGGGAUUAUGUUUGUGUGUCAAAUUGGGGUUGGGGGGAUAAUGGUGGCAAAGCUAGGGGAUCAUAAUGAGCUUAGCAAGGGGUUGGCUUACUUGGUGUUGGGGCUGGUGAGCUUGUAUGUGGCGGGGUUCGGGGUGUCGUGGGGCCCGCUGGGGUGGUUGAUUCCGAGCGAGAUAUUCCCGAUGGAGAUCCGAUCGGCGGGGCAGAGUGUGACGGUGGCGGUCAACUUUUUUUUCACGUUCGUGGUGGGGCAGACGUUUCUGGCGAUGAUGUGCCGUUUGAAGGCGGGGCUUUUCUUCUUUUUCGGGGGCUGGGUGGCGCUGAUGACCUUGUUUGUGUAUUUCUUAUUGCCGGAGACAAAGAACAUCCCGAUUGAACAAAUGGAAGGGAUUUGGAAGGAGCAUUGGUUUUGGAGGAGGAUAGUAGUAGUACACAACAAGGGGUUACACCAUUGUGGCUAGUUGAAGUGAAAAUUAAAUGUCACUAUGACUAGUUAAUUAAAAUGCAUAAAAUCUACUGUAUAUUGACAGUUUGAACUUUGAAACCAUGCAAAUUAACAUUUCCUGCA